AAAGGACACAAUCUUGAGGAAAGUUGGGAGUUUGAACAAUCAAUUCCUGAUUGGCUUAAACGAAUUCAUCAACAUCGCGAAGAUCUCGCCAUCACAACUGACGCAACUAACAUUAAAUCGCUGUCUCAAGUAUCAGAAACUGCCAUUUGGUGGCGCAUCAUUGACACAAGUGAUCCGAAGUUAGCUGAAAUAAUUACGGAACGAGAAUUUUUAAAUCUAAGCGAAUGUUUACUUUCCAACCUUCCAUCAGACUGGGAUGUGUUAGAGCCACCAGUUGAAAGAUGCUUGCACUCAAUUGCAAUGUUGGACACGAAAGGAUUGAAGAAGAUAGCCAAAACCAUGAUACAUUAUGGCGUUCGGGGUUCUAUAAAUAAGAUUCGAAAGAUUUUGACUACUUCAAAUAAAGUCGAAUAUGAAAACCCCUUCCUUGACUCCCCACCUACUGAAAUCGCAACUGCCGAUAAUAUUGUUCAAGAUGGAGAUUAUAAACACCCAGAU